AUUUUCUGCCUUCAUUUUGCGGCGCGUUUUCUCUUUUUUUCCUCUAUAUUUACUUAUUUAUGAAUUUGAAUCGGAAAUAAUCUUAUUUCAUUCGGGCCCGUGUGCCUCAACCUCAUCUGGGUCCGUUUGAGCAUGCGUGACAGAUUGUGGCGGUCAUUUCAAAAAUCAAAAUGGCAUCGUCUUCGUUGUGUUCUGUUAAUUUUUGUCAAUUCACCGUUAUUGUUUAUAUUGUAACUAUAUUAAGUUAAUUUAUAAAGGCAUGAUAGCCGACAUUUGUGUUAUCUGUGAGGAUGAAACGGUUGUCGCAAACAUGGAAGCAGAAACGACCAUCGCUGUCCAACGCAAAGACAAACUCGACCCCCAAACAACAAACUCACCAAGGUGGUGACAAGAACCCAGCAUUCAAGCCCCACUCUGUCAAGUUUAGUAGUCGAGAAACUCAAAACCAAACUAAGGAUAGCAAGGAUACUCAUGCUAGGAAAGCUCAGAAUGCCACCCAACCUGACCAGCUGUUACUCUCCCCCUCAAGUUCCUUCAGCAUGUCAUUUGACUUUGACGCUGCUGCUCUCUGUGAAGUGGACAAGAUGGAGAAAGACCUUAUCCCUCAAGCAACAACACCUUUUCACACCCCAACAUCCAAUAAUACAAACAUUAGCCCUUUAUCAACCAUAUCACUCCAGACUUGUAAGACUACAAAAUGCUCUAACUUAACAAAGACUAUCAGUGCAGUCACUUCUCAAACAACUGCAUCAAUAGCAUCACACAAAACACCACAGCUUGGCCAACAUGUUACACCAUUGAGAGGUAGGGAAAGGAUUUCUACUCCUGUUGACGAGGGAGAGCAUGUUCUUCUGUCGUCAAUGGCACAUUCGCCAGCAUUCUCACCUGUUACCAUGACAACAAGUGAGGGUGCCAAGUAUGCAUGCCCUUCUGAGAGAAAGCGCGAUAGGAAGAGUCCAAAACAGACGUCAGGGGAGUCAUACAGCAGUAGUUCAGACCAGAGCCACAUCAUCCUAGAGCCCAACCCAUCCGCACAAACCCUUGAGCUGGCCUCAUGGGGCCUGCCGCCAGCAGUGCUUCAGAGGUACCAUGACAUUGGGAUCACACACAUGUUCCAAUGGCAAGCGGAUUGUCUCUGCACUGGAAAUGUUCUUCAAGGAGGUAACCUGGUCUACUCUGCACCGACAAGUGCGGGUAAGACCAUGGUAGCAGAGCUGCUGAUGCUCAAGCGUGUGCUGGAGACCAAGAGGAAGGCCCUGCUCAUCCUGCCCUUUGUCAGCGUCGCAAGGGAGAAGAUGUUCUACCUUCAGCGGCUGUUCCAAGAGUCUGGUGUGCGUGUUGAAGGCUUCAUGGGAAGCCAUAGUCCAGCCGGGGGCUUUGCGGCCACUGACAUUGCCGUCUGUACCAUCGAGAAGGGCAACAGCCUUCUCAACCGUCUGAUGGAGGAGGGAAAAGUCUCCACGCUAGGGACAGUGGUCAUUGAUGAGUUACACAUGGUGGGAGAUCCUAACCGAGGUUAUCUGCUGGAACUUUUCCUAACCAAGAUACGGUACCUCUCAAGCCAGGAGGAGGUACACCAAGCCGCUGAAUCUGCGGUACAGAUAGUGGGCAUGAGUGCGACCUUACCCAAUCUAGACAUGCUCUCUAGCUGGCUCGGCGCCAACCUCUACCACACCACCUUUCGCCCAGUCCCCCUGACCGAGAUGGUUAAAAUCGGGCCCACCAUCUACGACACCGACUUGAAAAAGCUCCGCGAUAUUGACCAGUCAGAGGCCGUUGCCAGGGAUGACGAUCACGUGAUUCCGUUGUGUAAAGAGACUAUCUCCCAGGGCCACUCGGUUCUGAUAUUCUGUCCAACCAAGAACUGGUGCGAGAAGCAGGCUGAAGCGAUAGCACGACAUUUUGCUGAGAUUGGAUCCGCUGCACUUGCCGCCAAAAACGGCCAAGGGACUGGCUUCGUCCGCGCUUCGGACCUGAUCUCGUUUGAUUACGAGUCACUUAGGGAGGUGUUCGAGCAGUUGAAGCGGACCCAUGUGGGAUUAGACUCAGUGCUCAUGCGCACUAUACCGCACGCUGUCGCCUUUCACCACGCUGGACUCACCUUCGACGAGAGAGACAUCAUUGAGGGAGCGUUCAGACAGGGAACUAUUAGAGUACUCGUGGCCACGUCUACACUAUGUUCAGGAGUGAAUCUCCCCGCCCGCCGCGUCGUCAUCCGCACGCCAACGUUCCACGGGCGUAUGGUGGACCCAUUGGUCUACAAGCAGAUGGCGGGUCGCGCAGGACGCAAAGGCGUCGACGCCCUGGGCGAGAGCGUGCUCAUCUGUAAGACUAGCGAGCGCGCAAAGGCAACGACGCUAAUGAAGUCCUCCCUUAAUGCCGUGGAGAGCUGUUUACUGGACAAAGAGCGAACGGGUGGCCUGAAGCGCGCCCUCCUCGAAGUGAUCGCGAGUGGCGUGGUGACGGGACCACGUGACGUCGAGAGCUACGCCGCGUGCACCUUCUUCGCCUCGUCAUCACGUGACCGUGACGUCACAAGCGAGUCCGCCAUCCCAGCCACCAUCAGGUUCCUAGUGGAGAACGAGUUUGUUCGGCUUGUGACCUCUGACGCGAAGGGCGAAGGAGAAGGCGAUGCCCCUCCUACCGACAAGUACGUCCCAACUCAACUCGGUGCAGCCACAGUAGUGUCGGCCCUCUCCCCUGAUGAAGCCCUAGCCGUGUUCGCCGAGCUUCAAAAAGCCAGGAAAUGCUUCGUGUUAGAGAGUGAGCUGCACGUCAUCUACCAGGUAACGCCUAUUUACAUACAGGCUCAGUGGCCGAACAUCGACUGGGACCAGUUCCACAAUACCUGGGAGAGAAUGCCGUCCCACAUGCGCCGUGUAGCUGAUAUCGUCGGCAUCAAAGAGUCCUACAUCGCACUCGCCGCAAGAGGCCGUAUCCCGACCAGAACCGAGCAACAUCGGCAGCAGCUCGCUGUGCAUCGGAGAUUCUUCGCCGCCCUCGCAUUGCAGGAUCUCGUCCACGAGGUCCCUCUCAACGUUGUCGCGCGUCGUUACGGGGCAACCCGCGGGAUGAUCCAGUCGCUCCAGGGCUCAGCGUCCACCUUUGCUGGCAUGGUUACCGUGUUCUGUCAAAAGCUUGGCUGGGUAAAUCUGGAGUUACUGCUUGACCAGUUCCAGUCUCGCUUGUCCUUUGGUGUCGAGCGAGAGCUUUGUGACCUGGUGCGAAUAUCGGUGCUAAAUGCCGCGCGUGCGCGAAUGUUGUAUAACUCUGGAUUCCAUACGAUUGCACUACUGGCUCAAGCCUCGCCUGAAGCUGUAGAGACAGUGUUGAGAAAUGCGGUACCGUUUAUCAGCGAGAGGAAGCACCAAGGUGAAACGGACUUAGAGGUGAAGCAUAGAAGAGACGCGCGCGUCAUAUGGGUGGCGGGAAAGCGCGGGCUCAGCGAGCGAGAGGCUGCUGAUGUCAUCGUGUCAGAAGCCAAGCAGUUGCUACAAGGGGAUGUAGCGCAGCUGGGGGUGAACUGGCGUCCCCCAGAGGUAGCCCAAAAGCAUGUGCCAAAUCGUGAAUCAGCCAGCAAGACCAAGGCGUGCAACUCACCUACCAGCGCUAGCGACUCCAGCACCGACUCAAGCAAACUCACCCCUCGUCCCGCCCUCGGACCUCGCAGCAGACUACUGGGAAGCUCUUCCAAGUCUACCAGGAGGCUACUAGGCAAGCGACGGUCGGGAAACGGUAAAAAGGCGUCCAUUUCGCCUCCUCACUUCAAUCAGGCGAGACGGAGGUCUGCACGGGAUAAAGGGAAAGAGAACGAGCCAACCGACAGCUUUAGAAGUGUACAAGGCCCUGAUGCCCAACAGAAAGCAGUGGCAGGUAUCUCUGUUGAACCUAAUGUUAAUGAUCGAAGCAUGCAUGGCAACAGGAAGACCAGAGACACGAGACAUUUUGCCUUCGGAGAAAAGAAAAACAAGACUGGCUCGAAUUCUUGUGUUAUCCAGAGAGUAUUGCCUAGUACUUCGGGUAACCCAACCAUUAAUGAUCAAAACAAUAAUCGUAAGAUAAAUGAUGGAGAAACGAGCCCUUCUAGGUCUGCAGCUGACGGGAGAUCAAGUGUAGAUGAUGUCUUUGAUAGUGACCAUGGCUCGGGGGGUGUCACCAUGAAGGGGGAAGGCUCUUUUGAACGCUCCAAGCCAACAGAAGAGAACUGUGACUAUUUGAUAUCAGCAGGAAUGCGUGAACGUGUUAAAAAUUCUUCUUAUCCCUCAGAAAGACAGGAAAAAGACCCACGCGUGGAACUUAAAGAAGGAAAACUAUGCAAUAACACAGAUAUUGGUAGAGACACCGAUGAAGUAUUAACAAUCAAGGCAUGUGAUAUAAUCGUCCAAGAACGACCUUUUGAAAAUAGAAAAGUUGAGCAAGAAAAAACUGUGCGAACUAAACUUUGGAAGAAGCCUAAAGACUAUAAUCCUCGUUCAGUUGAAUCUCAUUUUACUGAAAAGGUGGCUCCCAAUCUUGAAGGAAAAAUUCCCGAAUCGAGGCAUACAGUGGUAUUCUCUUGCAACGCUGAAAACAACCAAACGUCAAGCAAAAGUCUAGCUGGCGUAAAACGUUGCUCUCCUAAUGCUUAUGUUGGGGGCUCUCCAAAACAGAAACUCCCCAGAUGCAGCACUGAAAUAGAACAACCACAAAACACGACGAGCCACGUGCGGAAUUGUUACGAAGAGUCAGAAAGAAAUCAUUCAACAAUAACCGAUAAGGUUCCAAGAUCUAUUGGAGAGGAUUUUGUAAAAGCUUCACACAGCGACGCCAAAACCAAUACCCGAUCAGCCGGCGAUACGUUUAAGGGUCAAACAAGUACAGAAAACCAUGAGAGACCUAUCUGUGAAGAUCUGGAGAUGUUUUCGGAGUCUGUGUCCAUCCAAGAGGAGUCCUGUUCCUCCGCAAUCCUUUUUGAUACUUCGAGUAUAAAUACGUCAGGCCCUAAACCUGAGCAAUUGACCUCAUUCGAGCUUUACUCAGAACCGGUAGAAGAUAACCAGAACGCCCCAUUCCGCGAUGAAGGAGAAGGCUUUGAGAUGCCUGAAUCCCAAAUGCUGGAAUUUACCAUGAGUGAUAGUUGCAUUGCGAUGUGUGGCGUCUCCCAGGCCCAUAACUGUACUCCCGAGGCGCAGCAAAAAACUUCUAAAGAAACAGUAGCCAACAGCAAAGAGUGCCGAUCUUCACAAAAUGAAAACGGUGUCGCCAUUUCAAAUCAACAUGAUGAUAGAAAAAGUACAUGUGGUGCUUUACCGGGAGUUUGCGGGCCCAAUAAAAUUUCAGCUAACGUUGAUCAGGAGGUUUCUCUGUGUAUCCCUCCACGAAUCGAUACAGGGACAAAUGGAAUACACAAAGAAGCCUUUAAAAAUAUGUUUAUCGGUGAUGAACAAUUUAUUGCUCCUCGUAAUCGAACACGUGAUACCGCGAAAUCUGUUAAACAGCCUAAAUUUGGUAUACCUCAAAAUCAUACUGGGUCCCACGAAGAUUUCUCGGACUACGAGGGACUGAUCUCUUUGUGUGAUGAUGAUAUUGCACAAUGUGUUGAGCUGACCGAUCCCGACAAUGGUGACAAUAAUCGCAAUGACGUCAUCACAAAGACUGAUAAUGACGUCAUAACCAAAACAAAUGACGUAGACUGCCACAUGGAUGACGUUAUUGGGGAAUUCGAUUCUUAUCCUCAGUAUCCAGUCACCGGACAAUGCAAGACCCAGGCCUCUAUAUCUGCACCUUCUCCCUCGGUGUCUUCCAUGCGUGUGGAGUCUGGUGCCGAAGUGAGUUUCCAGGAAAAGCCUGAUGAGUCUGACCUGGAGGAGUCUGGGUCGUUUUCUCUGAAACUCUCGUUUUCCGAGAGUCAAGGUGAAACCCAGUUGGGUGAGGUCGAAGAAAUGCUCCAUUGCUCAAAGAAUGAGGGUGUCAUUGAAGCGAGCCCUGAAGCCGAAAGAAACCCCAAGUUCACUCUCGUAACUGGAGCCUCGGGGAGGGUGUAUGAAAAUGAUCAUUCUAAAGACAGGCAGAAAAUAUGUCUCGUGGAAAAUACAGAAGACAUAGAAGCAAUAAACGACACAUCCCAGUGCUUUGAGGCAAAGUUUACCAAAUUGAAGUCCAAACCGUCUAGAGAGUCUGUGGCAAAACGUCAGGGCAAUGGCAAUGACGUGCUUUUCCAAGACCGCUUGAAAGCCUCUGAUUUAGAUGCCCGACUUGACGUAAAAACUCCGGAAGCCGACUUCAUCCCGAGCUCACAAAACGGCGCCCGGGAUGAUCUCGGAAGUUUCCCGGAAGAAUUACUGUCUCCGACUGCCACGGCUCAAUCGCCGAAUAGCACGAGCUCUGGUGAGUCUGUAUCAAUCAUCGAUCUCUGUGCAAACAAAUUGCUCUUCGAAACUUUCAUCCAAGAAUGGAAGACUCGUAAAAUGAGUGCCUUUGCCGUGGCCUGCGAGAGACUUCUCAAUAAUGUCCCUAAGAUUGGUAGCCGAUUUGAUAAUGGGCCAGUGUUGAGGAGGACCUCCAAGGGCCUUGACAUCGAGGGUACGGAUGAAGUGGUCGUGGGUCUUGCUGUUUGCUGGGGAAGUACAGACUCUUAUUUUAUGUCCCUCAUGGAUCCAGAUUCUGAUGAGACCUUUGGCACCCCGCGAUCAAGCGGACCAGCGGUUGCCACUGACUUGUCCGUGAAAUAUAGAGUUGAUGCAAUAAAAUCUGUACUGGAAUCGAAGGGAAAGCGGAGCGGGAUCAAGAUCUGUUUCGAUUACAUUCAGCAAUGCAAGGCCCUAUGCCAGGGCUGCGGUAUUACGGUCAGCGGAGAGUGCGAGGACCCUAAGGUUGCUUCAUGGUUGUUAGAUCCCGGAUGUAAAGAGAAAACUCUACAGCACUUGGUUGGUCAAUAUGCCUCAAGCAAGAUGGUCAUUCUGGAAGGAACCGGAGGUGGAUCAUUGACAGGAAGCCUGGCACUAGCCUCGCAAAACACCUUGAGCGGCCGUGUAAGAGCUUGUACCGAGUCGGUACUAGUCUUCUCCAUGAUGAAGAAGCUUCGGCUAGACUUGGCAGAGGAUGGCCUGGACUAUGCUUUUCAGAAGGUUGAGAUGCCAGUAAUGCAAUGCCUAGUGCGUAUGGAGCUUAACGGCUUCGGCUUUUCCGAGGCGGAAUGCGACAGACUGAAGGCCAUCCUACAGGCUAAACUGCGCACACUCGAACAAGAGGCCUACCGAUUAGCCAAUCACAGCUUCUCUCUCACAAGCCCUGAUGACGUAGCCAGGGUUCUCUUCCUUGAACUUCGCCUCCCAGUUGACGGCAAGCCAGAUGAGACCGCUGCCCCAGCCAGGCGUACCCUGGGCUCAUCUCGCCGGGGCGCAAGUGCUGCUGGGAGACGUAAAACGGUGAAGCAUAUAAGUACAAACAAGGAAGUUCUUGAGAGGUUGAAGAGUCUGCAUCCUCUACCGCGAAUCAUACUAGAGUGGCGACGAGUCAACUGCGCCUUGACAAAGGUGGUCUUUCCCGUCCAACGAGAAAAGCUCUUUCACAAAUCGCUGCAUAUGAGCCGCAUCUACCCGACCAGCCAGACCCACACCACCACGGGGCGUGUCUCCUUCAACGAACCCAACCUACAAAACGUGCCGCGGGACUUCGAGAUCGAGCUCCCUAGCGUCAUUGCAGAGAGCCCCCCUCUAGGGACCCGACGGCGCGAAAAUAUCCAGAAACCGGCACGGUCGGAUCAUUCCGGGAUGUCAUGCGCCGUGAGCAUGCGAACUGCUUUUGUUCCUUGCGCGGGCGGUGUGCUGUUAGCCGCUGACUACUCUCAGCUGGAAUUGCGGCUCAUUGCUCACUUGGCGGAUGAUUCGCGCCUGCGCAAGGUACUGAAUGGCGGUGGCGAUGUGUUCAGGAUGAUCGCGGGCUCGCUUGCCGGCUUGGAGCCUGGGUCGGUGGAUGACAAGCAAAGGCAAAGAGCCAAGCAGAUCUGCUACGGUAUAAUUUAUGGUAUCGGCGCCAAAGCCCUCGGGGAGCAACUGGAGCUGGGUGAGGAGGACGCGUCCAUGUAUAUAGAGAAGUUCAAGUCGCGAUUCAGCGGAAUCCGCAGAUAUCUGAAGAGCACAGUGGAACAGUGCAGGAAGACUGGGUAUGUCACGACCAUCACCAAGCGCCGGCGAUACCUGCCAGCGGUGAACUCGACUCACCCGCAUGCGCGCAGCCAGGCGGAGAGACAAGCAGUAAAUACUACGAUCCAAGGGUCAGCGGCAGAUCUUGUCAAGACAGCCAUGAUCAACAUCGACAGGAAAUUACUCGAAGUUUUCCCGACGUGCCUUCGCACUCAUCGCCAUAGGCCAGACGCCCGAGACCACUCCGACGAGCCAACAAGGCUGAGACGUCGCAGCUCGUGCCUCGCGCAAACUACCGAGACUAAUAGUUCCCAGGCUUUUCGCGGCGCAAAGAUGGUUCUCCAAUUGCAUGACGAGUUGAUAUUCGAGGUGGCCGAGCGAGAUCUGGAGCGAGUAGCGCAAAUAGUCAAGUCGGAAAUGGAGAACGCAGUGAAGCUGUCUGUGGUACUUCCGGUUAAAUUGAGAUCCGGUCCCUCGUGGGGUUCUAUGUGUAGUAUGGAUUUGUAACAUUUGUGAAUACUUCCGGUCCAUCCCACAUGGACAUGUCUUAGAGAUAGUCUACUCAACUCAUUUUAAGCCAAGUGAAAACGUCGUAUUUUCCAUCGAAAGUAUUUUUUGUGGUGGUGGGAGAGGGGUUAAUAGAUUUUUUUCUCCUUAGGGAGGACGCUAAAUCGCUGUUAGCUUAUUGGGGGCUGAUCGUUAAAACGAGCAUUUACGUUAAUUUUUUAUAGCAAUGCUGGCGCUGUGCGCAUGCUAUUUCAAGACCUAAUCCAAAAUAUUGUAAAAAUUAUUUGAUGACCCUCUAGGGUCCAAUCUUUUGCUUAUAAAAUAUGAAAUCACUAUUUAUUGAUAAUGAAUUGCAGGUUCUUUUGACCUGAAAAACUGUAAAUAUUGUACAAUUAUCUAUAGGCAUACAGUGUAAAGAUUUAUUGCUUGAAUAUAACGUGAAUUUUGACUUAAA